AUGGCGAACAAGCCAGUUCCAUUGCUACCAGCAGCUGUGAUGACGACGCUCCUGGCAGUAGCCGGAAUAGCUUGGACGCUUCUCAGCAGCCAACGCUUGCCAUCCGCUUACAACUAUUUCAAGUCCUUGUCUCCAGCUGUGCCUGCUGCUACCUUUGCAACCUUUCCUGCAGGCCUGUGCAAUUGCUCCGUAGACUUUGGCGCCAUCGGCACGCUUUCGAAGCCUCACGUCGAGUGCCAGUGCUCUGGAGCCAACUCCACCGCCCCCGACCCCAUCGAGACAAAGGUUGUCCAUGCUGAAGUGGAGAAGCCGUGUCCAAAACAACCCACCGUUGUCAAGUACGAGCCGUGGUGGGCCGAAGGCAAGACUUGGCACUAUCCGGCAAAGUUCCCCAGGUGCUCCAUGGACGCCUGCUUCAACUUCUCGCGCUGCUCCAACAUGGACAACUUGAUGGUCUUCACGUACGAGGACCACAACGCCCCUGUCCGCUACUUCACCAAGCUCAACGAGACCAGGUGGCAUACCAAGGAUCCGGAGAAGGCCUGCAUCUUCAUGGUCUUUCUGGACACUUCAAGUCCAUGGCAGAAGCAGCCCCGGGACCUCCCACACUGGAACAACGGCCUCAACCAUGCGCUCGUGACUUUUGCUGACAAGUGGAGCCAGAGGGCGGUUGCCGAGGAGUCCAUUGGCCUGGCGUCGUUGAUCGUUUCGGAAGCUCACGAGACCAUCUUCCGACCUGGCUUUGACAUCAGCAUCCCGCUUCCGCCUUUCUACCACUUCCAUGAGUUCCAGAACCUGAAGCCGUUUGAGAGGAAGUACUUCCUCACCUUCAAAGGACUCAGGUAUAUCGGCAGAGGAGAGGGCCUCCUUCGCAGCUUUGACAGCUUCCGAAACCUUCACAACGGUGCUGACAUCGUCGUUGUAACUUCGUGCAAACACUUUGUCAACGAUCUCAAGCGGAAGGAGAACAGUUCCCUGGGAGUCCACUGCGACGAGGAUGAGAACCUGUACUCUCAGUACUCUUCCUUCUCGGAUCUCAUGAAUACGACCUUUGGCCUCGUCCCUGCUGGUGUCCAACCAAACUCCUACAGAUUUGGAGAGGUCCUCAGUGCCGGUGCAAUACCAAUCUUGAUCGUCGACAACUACGUAAAACCGUUCAGUAAUCUAGCCACCUGGUAUCAGUGCCUGCUGCAAUUCCCUUCCACCGAAAUCCACCUCAUUGUUGCAGCUCUGAGAGCCAUGUCCACGGCUCACGUUGAGAAACGACAGCACGCGUGCUCGAAGAUAUAUAGUAGGCACUUCCAGAGCGACUUGACCCUUCUAGAGAGUACCAUCGCUGCUUUAGAAGAAAGAUUUCUGGGUGCAUUUCCAGCUUUCUCAUCCCAUUUGUCAGACCUGAACCUGUAA